GGCUAUACCCCGCUUCCCCAGCAUUUCAAAUGUGCCAUCUCAACCACGUCUUCAAUCGUACCAUCGUCUUCGGAUACAUGCCAACCGGAUGAACCUGAGAUCUUGAAUCAUAAAUUUCGCCCCCACAUCAACAGCAUGACUGACCACCAUCCGGCAAGCGAACUCCUAUCUCCGACCGACAAUGGUGACCACAGUCCCUCGCAAGUGAAGAAGCGGAAAAGGGCAGAUGCUGAACGCACUCGUGUCAGCCGGGCCUGUGACAGAUGCAAGAGGAAGAAGACUAGGUGUAGUGGAAGGCUUCCUUGUAUCCUGUGUACCACUUCUGGCUUGGUUUGCGAGUUUACGGCCGCUUACACGCGUGGGCGACCUCCAUCUGUGCUCCCAGAAGAUGGCUUGAGUUACACCGACUCGGGUGUCUCUAAAGUUCCGGCUCAGGUGAACUCCAAUCACGAUUCCACCGACGGGGGUCCUGCAUUACAUAACAUCCAGUCAGGCAUGCCUCAGUUACUUCAUGUGGAUCGAGUAGAGUCUAGGGUGCAGUCAUCGAGGAACUCUCCAGAGCCCCCUCAGACUGACUUGCAGGGCCACUUUGUAGGCCCUUCCUCAGGAGUCUCUUUCCUAUUACGGGUACAAAAGAAACUCCAUCAAAAAGUGUCAUUCUCUCACAAGUCAUCAAUAUUCACAUUUGGUGAUGCCCCUUUACCGAAAUAUGACCCCUCGUUCUUUCUGCUGCCGCCAAAGGCAGACGCAGAGAUACUCGUUGCAAGAUAUUUCGAUUUCGCUGUCGCUACACAUCGCUUCCUUCAUAGACCGACGGUUGAGUCUUGGCUCGAGGAGUUUUAUGAUAAUUUAGGGGUAAUGAUACAGAAGGAUGGUGCUAAGGAGAGGAUAGCGUUGUUGUUUAUGGUUUUUGCUCACGCAAAGGAGCAUAUGCAUGACGAUGCCAGUCAGAAUGGUGUUGAUACUAGUGCCAGAUAUUUCCAAGCAGCCGAUCAACAACUGUCUUCGGAAACUGGAGAAAUUCGUCUGACGAGCGUCCAAGCCAGACUUUGCCAGUGCUUCUAUCUCCUCUCUCGAUCCAGGGUCAACCAUUGUUGGAGCCUGUUCGGUACAACAGCCCGGUUGAUUCUAGCAAUUGGAAUCCACCGGAAACGACGUUUGGAGACGUCCAAUGGAUCCGAUCUUAUCGAUUUUGAGUGCAGGAAACGAGUCUUUUGGUGCGCAUACGGGUUGGAUAACUACCUCAGCGCUGCGUUGGGGAGACCGAGGACGUUUCAUGAUGAUGACAUUGAUCAGGAACUUCCGACUUGCGUAGACGAUGCAGAUAUUACGGCGCAGAGUAUCCAGCCUCAUAAAUCCAAGGGACAGGCCAUCAUGGCAGCUUCUGUAGCCCACAAUACAUUGUCGAAGAUCAUAAGCCCCAUCCUGCGAGAUUUAUAUGCUAUCCGAGCACCGUCUCUUCCAGAUCGAGUCAAUCUUACAGCGAAGUACGCGGAGGAGUUAUCCAAUUGGAGAAAAGGCCUUGCCCGGUUCUUGAACGGAGACUCCGUCGAUACUUCGCUGUUGAUUCCUCUUUUCCAGCGACAACGGAAUGUCCUGAAUUUGGCAUACUACCACGCACUUAUUCUUGUCUAUCGUCCCUUCCUCCUCAGUAAUUUUGCCAGUCUCAAUAGCCGGAACAAUCGUCUCCGUGGAGCACCUGGAUCACCAGAUAUGGAUAAGAAUGUCUCCGAGUGCCUCAACGCAGCCAUGAAUGUUGCCUUGAUCGUGGAUGAAUUGCACGAGUCCAAGCAGGUAUUCCGUGGAUUUUGGUUUACACACUACUUUGCUUUUUGUGCCGUCGUUAUCCUGUAUAUCUACACGAUCCAACAACGUAAUUCGCCCAGAGAAAAAUACCGUGCAUACUUUGAAGCUGCAGAGAAAUGCCAACGCCAAAUCUCAGCAAUGGCCGGACAUGAGUCUUUAGCUGAGCGAUACAGCGUGGUUCUUGAGGAGUUACGCCUCGAAGCUGUCAAACAAACGGAAACGACCCGAGACACCAAUAAUCAAGCACUUCGGAUGAACUCAAUGCCCCAAGUUGGACAAAUUUUCCCGACAGCAGUAAUCGACGGAUAUCAGCAAUCCCAUCCUAGCAAUGAUAGGCGCACGUCUGAUUUCGACCUAGCGACAAAUGCCUACGCCCAUGAUCAUGAAGGUGGUGGUCCUGGAGAAGGACAAAAUUCUACCACACCUUCAAGUCUGAUGGCGGAGUUGACCAGCUGGGGAGAGUUUGACUCAUUGGUAAAUGCUGGGAUGGGAGGCUUGGACUUCCUCUCGAUGGGCGAUCAAGGUGGUAUGUGGGAAGGAACUCUGGACAACACCUUUCCUGGUAAUGUCGGCAUAUGAUGUCUAUUGGAUCUCGGUCUACAGUGUCUUCUACAUAUAUUUACCUUCUAUUGCAACAUAUCACUGCACUCUGAAUAAAUGGGAAAUAUAAUGCUCUCGUUCAAUUUGUGCAACAGACCUCUCAUGACUUUUCCACGAGUCCCUCUAAAACACACAAGAUACCUUCCGCACCAGGAUCAGGCACCUGGCUCCACGCACUUUCUUCAACAUAUACAGCUCUUCCAAAGGCUGCUUGCAUUCCUUUCGUAGCCUCGACCCCCUUCUUGGCUUUCUGCAAGGCGACUUCUGCCCCUUCUCCAGCCUCGAAACUUACGAUGAAUGGUUCCAGAGCAUCCAUCAAGGUCCGAUCACCUUGUCUUGCGGGUGUAGCAGCUUGCAACUUAGACAAAGCGCUACUAGCUACCACGCCCCACUCAGAGGAGCCGAGUUCACUGUUUGUUGAAAGGGAUCGAAGGGCGGAUGCAAGGGCAUUGAAGAAGAUGCUGUACAGUGCUCCAGAUGUACCGUCCAUACUUUCUUCGAUGACAUUUGAGAUGCCCAGAAGUGUUGAGGCGGCAAUUGGGCUCAACUCGGAUUUAUCAAUGUAAGCC